CCUUUUCCUUACCUUAUGUAUUGUUUCCGAUCCACCAAGCUCCCGCUUUGCUCUUGUGUCUCUCGCCCCUUCCUUUCUUUCUCCAAGACUCCAAGCUCCAGCGCCCCAGCCACACACAAGCAGUGAGAGAGAGGGAGAUAACCACUGAGAGGCCAUCCGUCGCUGUCCAAAUUCUAGGCCCUGCCAUCGCCGGAGGAGAAGCUCGCUGGCCGGCCGCUUUAACAGAAUCUCCAUCGUCUUAACACCCAGCAACGUCAGUAAUGGCUGAGUUUGCGCUUGGCUUGACCAAGACGGCGGUGGAGGGGACGGUGAGCAGGGUGAAAUCAGCGAUCGAUGAGGAGGACAAGCUCAAGGUCCUGGUGCAGAACGAUCUGGUGUUCAUCACGGGCGAGUUUGAGAUGAUGCAAUCCUUCCUAAAGGUCGCCAACAAGGAGCGUGCCAAGAAUGAAGUGGUGAGGACAUGGGUUAGGCAGAUCCGUGACCUUGCCUUCGACGUGGAGGAUUGCGUCGAGCUUGUCAUCAGCCUCGACAUCAAGUCAGGCUGGUCCUGGCUCUGGCGCGUACUGCCGAGCUGCAUGGCACCGGAGCGGCCCCUCGAUAAGGCGGUGUCCGAGAUACAGCGGCUCAAGGCGAGGGUGGAGGAUGUUAGCCACAGGAAUACCCGCUACAACCUCAUCGGCGACUCAGGUUCCAACUCCAUGACUACUCCACAAGUAACUGCUCUCUCCAAUUUACCGGCACCAGAGCUUGCGCACGAAGCUGAGGCAUCAUCAUCAGCAUUCCACAUCCUACGUGAUGUGUGGGAGGCGACGGGGAAGAUGCGGCGUGACAUGGGUGACCUAAGGAAGCUGAUCAAGAGCGAAGGGAGUGUCCUAGAGGUGAUCUCACUAUGGGGAGGUCCAAGAUCAUCUGCUGAUCUUGGGGCGGCACAUGUCAUCAGGGAGGCAUACAAUGACCCAGAAAUCUGCCAAGAAUUCAAAAGCCGAGCAUGGGUAAAACUGAUGCAUCCAUUUAACCCUGACGAGUUCCUCAAAAGCUUGUUAACUCAGUUGUACACCAGCCAUCGCCGAGCAAAUGUGCUAGAGGUAGAGUUCCGGACAAAGAUGAGAGCAGCAGUGGGUAGGGAAGAUGAUCUCAUGAAAGCGAAGCUCAUGCAGCAGGUAAGCGAUGAGCAGAGAUAUCUCGUCAUUGUGGACCAAAUAUCCACAGUAGCGGAGUGGGACACCAUCAGAAUGUACUUGCCGGACAGUAAAAAUGGCAGCCGAAUUGUGGUGAGGACGCAACAGUUGGGGCUUGCACUCUUGUGCACGGGGAAUCCCUACCAAGUAUCGGAGCUCAAGCAAUACUCUUAUGCUCAAUCUCUUUGUGCCUUUUUUAGGAAGGUUUGUGGACGUCAUAGUGACACCAGUGAACUUAUUUGGCAAUUAAAAUGUGGCGGUGUGAUCUCCGUGUGUGGGUUUAGUGAAGACGGAUCGACUCUUGUUGAUAAAGUGUACACGGGCAUAACACAGAAGUCAAAAGAAUUUGAGGAACUUGAAUUCAAACGGCACAGCUGGGUCGAUAUUCCUUAUCCGUUUGAUUUGCAUGCCUUCUGUCUGUGCUUAUUUUUUAAUUUUCAUUCACAUAAUCUUCGAACCAAGGAAAUCGUAGCAGCUGGUAUGAUGGGAAUCACAGGUGUAAUUGAAGGGUGCCGUAAGUUUCUGCGUGAAGAUAAAUGCCUCGUUGUUAUUCAUGGUCUGAACUCUACGGAGGAUUGGGAUCAGAUAAAAGCUAUGUUUUUAUCCGAGUUUAGUGGAGGUUGUAUCCUUGUCAUUACGAAGGAAGAAAGUGUGGCCAGAUAUUGCGCAGACAAGGCUGAUCAAGUGCUGAAUGUCAAGGAUUUGGAUGACGACAUGCUACUUCAUCAAGCAAUAAAGGGUUCUGAGUACAAUGGAAUCGGAGGCAAGGAGGUUUCCAGACGGGGUCGCUUUUUCUCCAACAACAGAAGGAAAGAUGCACGUGACUGGAUGGACAAAUUUCAACUUGUUGUGGAUCGGACAGGAUUUUACCGUGAAAAAGUGAACUAUCUCACUAGUAAAAUCUCAGUUUACAAUCUCUCUAGUGUAAUCUCCUUGCGCAGGAUCGAUGGUGCCGAGAAAUGGGCUCUUGCCAGGAAAAUUUACUACGACCAAAUGCUUGAUGUACACGAAGAGGAGCGUUCAGGCUUGGCAUUUACAAAGUUCAGCUGGGUUGAUGUACCGGAUCCGUUUGAUUUGACUGACUUCUGUUGGCGCUUACUAUUGGAUUUUCACUCGGAUGAUCCCGAAGCCAAGCAAACUGCAGCGAGUGUUAUGAUGGCAGGGUGUCUAGACCCGAUUCGACGGUGCUGUGAGCUUCCUGCAAUGUGCUUUGUUGUUAUCGAUGGCCUACGGUCCAGGGAAGAUUGGGACCGGAUACAGAAUGCCUUAAAAACCUUCCACGGAUGUAUCUUGGUCAUUACAAAAGAAAAAGGCAUACAUCUGGAAGAUAGAAGAGUGGAAUUUAUCGAUGAUGAUCUGCCCGCCGUUGGUCAACCCUUGAUAAAGAAGAUAGGGUACUCAGACCAGGACAUGGGUCGCAUUUUCUCUGGUAGAAUGACAGAAGCAUGUGACUGGACCAACAAAUUUAGACUUACUGGGCAUGACCAAAGUGAAUGGAGGAAGCUUUUAUCCAGAAGGAAUGGUGUGACCUCCGUGUGGGGGAUUGCGGGGAUUGGGAAAUCAUAUCUAACCAGAAGAUUCUUCUACACCGGUAUGAUUGAUUUAUGCGGCCCCGAUUUAGAACCUUCUUACUCCCUGGUUCUGGAGCAUAAUGUCACGAAGUAUGGCUGGGUGGAUGUGCCCCAUCCGUUCGAUUUGAAAGACUUGUCUAGACGUUUACUUUUGGACUUUCAUUCGGAUUGUCUUGAAGCAAAGGAAAAGGCAGCAAUUGGUAUGAUGGAAGGCGAGGAUCCGAUACAAGUGUGUCGUGAGUUUAUGCAGCAACACAGAUGCUUUGUUGUCAUUGAUGGUCUGCGCUCCAAGGAUGACUGGGACUUCAUAAAAACUGUCUUCUUAUCCCAGCCUAUUCAGGGCUAUAUAAUUGUCGUUACAAAUGAAGAAAGCAUCGCCAGGCAUUGUGUAGAUGCAGAAAAUGAUGUGGUCAAUGUUCAAGGUCUAAACGAUAACGAGGCCCUUCAUCUCUUCAACAAGAUUUCUCGGGACAGUGUGCAAUUGACUUCUGAGGAGGUAGAGAUUUCAAAACUCAUCACACCAAUGUGUGGCGGGCUACCUCAAGUAAUAGCUGCUAUCAGCAAAUACUGCCGUGCAAACAAGGAGUUGCCAAAAUUGUUGUUGAAGCGUGUAGAAACUGACUUCAUGGGCAUGUUGGAAGACCAAGAAUUUCAUUGUUUAAAGGGUCUAUUUUCUUGGAUGCAGUCCUACUUUGAUGCUUGCCCUGAUUCACUCAAGCCAUGUAUCUUCUAUCUGUCAGUCUUCCCUUUAGGCUACAAUAUUAGGCAAAGGCGUUUGUUGAGGAGAUGGAUCGCUGAGGGUUACACCAGGGAUACACCUGGUAGUACCGCGGAAGAGAACGGGGAAAACUUUAUCUCCGAGCUUGUGAAGUUGAGCAUUAUCCAGAAGAAGUGGUCGCCAAGCAAGGUGGUCAUGUGCCAAGUUAAUGGUUUCUUCCGUGAAUAUAUAAUUUCACGACCAAUGCAAGAUAACCUUGUGUUUGCACUAGAGGGGCGUUGCAUGCUCAACACGCAGCGUGCUGGACAACACCUCACCAUAAGUAGAAGUUGGGAUAGAGACAAGAUUGUAUACGAGAGCAUGGAAUUGGCACGGCUACGGUCAUUGACAGUGUUUGGGGAGUGGAGGUCAUUCUUCAUCUCUGCUGAUGUCAAACUGAGAUGUCUUCGGGUGCUGGAUCUGGAGGACACGUCGGGUGUAACAAAUGGUGACCUCGAACAGAUAGGGAAUCUACUGCCACGCCUCAAGUUCCUCUCCCUGAGAGGAUGCAAAGAUAUUACCAGUUUGCCCAGUUCAUUGGGUUUCCUGAGGCAGCUGCAGACUCUGGAUAUCAAAGGCACCUCCAUAGUCACGCUACCAAUGACUAUUGUGCAGCUAGAGAAGCUGCAGUACAUUUGUGCUGGCGCCGCUCGUUGUAUACCACCUACAUCACCAGAGGGCCCAAUCGCAGGCAUAGCAAGAUCACCAGCCGUACAGGGUGAUGGUGCAAGCACAAGCCAACCACCAGCGACGGCAUCAGCUCCAACGCCGCCACCACCGCCGCCGCCGCCACCACCACCACCACCAGUAGACGGCGAUGGCAAGAGCACAAGCCAACCACAAGCCAACACAGGCCGACCAGCAACAGCUAUGGACCAUUUUCAAGAAGUGGAAAGAAGUAUGGCAGAAGAACUAGCAAGAAGAGUAUGGCGGGAACAACGGGAAGGCAGCUCGACAUCAACAGAAGAAGACGACGACGACAAUAUCACAGUCAUUGGUGAAGUAACAGCACCACCAGGGGAUGGUGAUGAUGCAGCAAGCCCAAGCCAACCAUCACCAGCAGCAGUAGAAGGUGAGGAGGAUGCCCGGACGUCAACGCCGUGGAGCAGCAGGCUCAGAGUUCUGAGCAGGCUACGUGGUGGUGAUUUUGUAUUCCGCUGCUUGUCCAAGUUGCGCGCACACAGACUUGUUAGCGGCAGUCACGAUGGCGUUCAGUUUCCAGUUUCUGCUGCAGUAGGAAUUGGGAAUUUGAGGGCCUUACAUUUCCUUGGUGUUAUCAAUGUCGGUGGUGCUGGUGGAAAGGCUACCCUCACAGAGCUUAAGAAGCUUACACAGUUACGGAAGCUAAAAUUGUCCGGCAUCAACUGGAAAAACUGGCGGGAAUUUUGUUUCGCCAUUUCCGGUCAUGGCUAUCUCGAGACAUUGUCUGUUGGACUGGACGAGGAGGACGAUGAUCCGACAAGUGAUGCUCAAGUCUUUGGUUGUUUCAGUGACAUCUCCGAGCCACCCAAGUCCCUCAAGACCCUUAAGGUAUACGGGGAGAAAGCCCGCAUAUCUCCAUUCUUGAUGAAGCAGCUUCACAACCUCACUAAGGCUGACCUUGAGUUGACCCUAUCAACCCAAGACGACAUAGACUGCCUUAUAGAUUUGCAAUGGAGUCGCUUCAGUUUUCCUAAGCUGCGUGUUUGUGUCAAGCCGAUUCAAGAUGGUAAGCUCAAGUUUGGUUUCUCUAAUUGUUACCUUUUCAAGGUCCUCAAGAUCCAUUGCAGCUACAAGACAGAGAUAGUUUUUGGACUUUGGACAUCUCGUUUUCUUGAGGUGCUAGUGGUUCACUGCUCUACUACUGAGGCGUCUUUGGAGGUUUCUGGGCUGGAAUUAUUAGAUGGCCUCAAGGAAGUUUGGCUCAAGGGUUCCUACAGCGAAGCAGUUAAGCAACACUUGCGGUAUAAACUUGUCCUGUUACCGACAAGACCUGCCCUGAAGCUGGAGGAGCUACCACGUUCGUCAUGAUGAAAUCAUUAGUGGGUACUACUCCCUCCGUAAACUAAUAUGAGAGCGUUUGGAUCACUACUUUAGUGAUCUAAACACUCUUAUAUUAGUUUACAGAGGAAGUACUUUUUAAUUUCAUUUUCUUCGUCAUGAUGAAAUGAUCAGUGGGUACUACUUUUUAAUUUCAUUUUCUUUUCUACUGCUGUGUCUAUGUGUAACCGACCCCAACAAUCUCCCAAAUCUCUAUGUGUAUACCCUGUAUAUCUUCUUGAGCACCGAUCGAGCUGGGGCUCAGUCACUACUUUCCCAUCCUAGAAUUGGGCUCAUACAUCCGAAUAUUGUCUUUCGAGGCCGAGCUCAAUGGAGCUCGGUUUUCAAAAAUUCAAAUUUCAUCAAAUUUCAUAUUUUA